CCGUGUCUUCCACUCCCAACAACAACAACAACAACAACAACAACAACACCAAUUACCGCCUCAGGUGCAAAAUCAGCUCGAGGAUGUGCCUGUGACUAUCGUCAAACUUGGCUUGAUUUGGUGUUUGUGCUAGAUUCGUCAAGUGAAAUGAAUAGAUACGAUUUCUAUGCUGUGCGCAAUUUCGCUGCUUCAUUCAUUAAAGCAAUACCGGUCAGCCAGGAGACAACUGGUCGAACUUCUCGUGUUGGCAUCAUUAAUGUCGCUAAAGAAGUAAGGCUCUCUUGA